AUGACCUCACUCCAUUCGCCCAAAAAAAAACCUGAGAAAUCCAAUACAUCAUUAUCAAAAGCUGUUGAUAACAUUAGCCAAAAACUAGUUAGUAAAGAUAAUUCUCAAGUUGAUUUUAAUUCAAUUUAUGACAAUUUUCAAAUAAUUGAUAAAAAUGAACCUGGCGAAAAUCAUAUUUGGAGAAUUAUUGAUAAUUCAAAAGUGAGUAUUCAACAAUAUAAACUCAUGGAUAACGUUGAUACUUAUUUUUAUAUUUUGUAUAAACUUGAAAAAUAUGCUAAAAAAUGUACAUCAUCACAUGGUCAAAUUGAUAUUUUACGAACUUUAAUAAUAGAAGAAUUACAACGUGUAUUUUCAAACACUGAAGGUAUGAAGCCGAAUUGUACGGUUCAAAAUGAAAGUAAACUUGAACAAAUAAAUUAUUUGUCAUACAUCAUAUCGAAUUAUGAUUAUACUGGUAGAGUGGAAUUAUAUUUGGCAUUUUGUAAAUUGUCAUUUCAAUCAAAAGUUUUUACAAAUAAAGAGUUUACAUGGAUGGAAUUAUUAAAACAAAUUGAAUAUUUAUUACAGAAAGGAAAAAUUCAAUUGAUCGAUAAAUAUGUCAGAUACUAUAAAGCAUUUAAAUCAUUUCCAAUUGACAAAUCAACAUUUCGAUAUCUUAUCGACAUUGAAAAGCCAAAAUUAUCAUACCUGCAACAUUAUUUAAAGGAACUAGAUAUGAAUACCUAUGAGUUUUAUUAUGAUUUUCUAAAGUCGUUUUGCAAAAAUGUACGAAAUCAAUAUUAUUCAAUCAAUGAAAUAGCCGAAUUUUUAUACUAUUUAACUGCGUAUGAAGAUUCAUGUAAACUUUAUUGUGAAGAAACAUUUAAAUAUAUACAAAAUCUUGAAAAUAUUUCAACUAUGCUUGUACUGUUAUCCAACCUACCAGCAAAAUUUAUUAAAUAUUUAGUAAAAUACGCUUGUAUCCGUUUGAAAUCAUCGUCUGUACAUGUAUUUAAAACAUUUUUCGAUCAAAUUAUAAAACAUGAAUCAAAAAGCUUACAUAAAAUGCUUGAAAAAAUCUUUGAAGUCUUUGUUUCUUCUAAGCUUGACAAUACAAAUUUCAAUGCCUUAUUACAGGUGAAUGAAUCAAAAACAUUAUUGGAAAUUGCAGUUCAAAUUUCACUGAGUACGGAUAAAUCCUAUAUGUUGCUGAUUAUAAGACGUCUGCUACAAUCGUGUUCCAGUUUAAAUACUUCUGUUGAUAUAAGAAUUACGAAACUGUUUGAACUAUUUGCAGACAUAAACGCGUCAUGUUGUCAACUUGAUCCAUCUAAAAUCGUCGGUGAUGAAUGGCUAAUAAAUUUUGUUCCUCGUUGGCCGAAUGAUUGGAUCAAACUGACACAAUAUACAUAUCAACAUUUAAUAAUAAUUAGCAAAAAUAAUGUGUGGAUUAUUUAUAUAUGGGAACAGUUAAUUCGUCAUAGUUUAUUCGAUUCGCAUAGCAAUAAUUCUGAAAAAUCUUUAGAAUCAUUUGAUACAUGGCUAUUUAAGACCAAAAUUCAUCCUGAUGCUAAUAAUGAUCAAUUGUCUCUUUCGUUGGUGUCAACCGUAUUUUAUGCUGGUUUACCAUAUCUUAAAAACUCAACAUUACCCAAAAUAGAAAAUACUAUUAAGUAUCUCAUCAAUGCAAAACAAGAAAUGAAAUAUUUAACAAUGUUAGUGGAAAUGAAUAUGAAAACAUUUGAUACCUUUAGUCUAUCUUAUUGUCAAAUUAGAGAGGAAAUUUUAAGUUUAAAUGGUAAUCGUUCUGCAUAUGAAGAAUUUACGCUUCCUGAAAAUAUUAGAAUAUUGACUUUAUUUAAUUCAUCCUUAUUUACUGGCAAAAAAGAAGUAUUUGAAUUUCCACGAAUUCAUCAAUCAUUAAUCAGUUUCAUUCCACAUUUAGAAAAACCAAAAGAUAUACGGUUAACAGAUGAUUUAGAUAUUAUCGUACGUCGUAGUUGUGACUGGUUAAAAUGGUUUGAUUCAUUUAUAAAUGUCUUCUUUCCCAUAGUAGAAUGGUUAGCCACACAUCAAGUUCAACAUGCAGAUGAAGUGUUACAGAGUAUUAAAAGAUCACAAGAUAUAAAUGCGAGAUUAGCAUUGUUAAAAGAAACUGUAGUAAAAAUAUCAUUUCUAAUUGAACCAUUGAUAAAUCAUAUUCAUCGAUUAUGUUGUUUAUUCAAUUGUUUAACGCCAAUAACAAUUGUAAAUGCUGGCAUUACUAGUCGAUCAGCCGAUGAAUUUAUCAAAGAAAUGAAACGUUUCGGAUCAAACAAAGUUAUCGAAGUAAGUCGGCAAAAAAGUGCGCAAAACUUCAUUACUAUCGAAGAUAGACAAGUUGUUCAAUGGACUUUAGCAUGUGAAAAAUCCAAUUGUGAUGUUCAUGUUGUAUAUUCAACUACAAAGGGUUAUUAUAAAGACAUCUAUAAAGAAAAACAGGCAACGAUCGAUAAAAAUGUAUUAUCAGGAAGAUUGGAAGUAAAUGAAAGUGGCAUUCUUAGCUUAUAUAUUGACAAUACUCAAUGUUACACAUCGAAUUCUUUAUGGUAUAGUGUUCGUACGUUAAAUUUGACACCCGGCUACUUAUUUGAAGGUAUAUUCAAAGAUGUUUUGAACAAAUGUAGUGAUACUGAAUUGACUUCAAGCGAUGUGAAUAGAGUACUGACACAUGUAUUCAAUUACGUUGAUGAUUUAAUUAACGGUAAUAUUAGUUUAUCAAACUUAUCUAAAAUUCAAUCUUCAUUCUACAAUGAUAUUGACAUUGAUAAUGAAGUUUAUAAGUUAGCUACUAGUCGAUCUGAACAUCUUGAUCUAGAUUAUCAACAACAAAUUAGCAAAGUAUGUAAAUAUUUGAAAAUAUAUCAAUAUUACAGUUUUAUACCGACUGUUUUGAAAUGUAUUUCGACUUUUCAUAUAGUGAAUGAAAAUGAUUUAUAUAUUAAUGAUUUAAAGACAUUGAUUGGAGAAAAAACAAACUCUCUUAAAGAUAUAUCGACUUUAAACAAAAAUCUGAAAGAUACAUUCACCGGUUUAGAAAACUCCCAUUUAGAAUUAAUUAAGACUACCAUAGACUGUGCACCAUUAAUUCUCUUAUUUAAAAAGUACGAUUUAUAUAGUCGAGAUGGUCAACGACGAUUUUUCGAAUUAAAGGAUACGUUAACUACACAAUUUCAAUUACAAGCGCGUAAUAAUCUAACGCUUAAUGCUCUAAUAAUAACAUAUACAUUAUGUGAACCAUUUUGUAUUCGAACAACAUCAUUAGAAGAAUUUAUUUUUCGUUUAAGACAAUUAACUAAUAUCGACGAAUCACUUGCUUAUUUGAAUGUUUGUUAUAUGAAUAUUCAAACGAUCAAUACAUGGUUAUCAACCGAUGCCAGUACGUUAGAAAAUGCUGUGAUAACAAUGGAACAUUUGUACAAAACAGGCGUUGUACACGUACACCUUCGACAAUUGCUCGGUGAUAACUCGUAUUUUGAAAUAACAUACCAUAUAAAAAAAACAUCUAAGAACGACGAUAUGGAGAGAGAUAAUAUCUGUUGUAAAAUGUCUAUGUUGGAUUUUGCUGAUCAUAAACGUCAAUUAACAUUUUCAAAUGUGGAUUUGGUCGAUAUGUCAUCGAAAAAAGUCAUGCUUGUUGAACAAUUAGAAUUAUUAAAAAUAAUUGAGAAAAUUUAUACUUUAUUGCAAAAAUUAGAAAAUUUAGGACAUCCACACUAUCAAGCCAUAGUAAAACAAUACAAUAUUGAUGAUGAACCUGGCAAAUUAUCGUCGAUUUUGGAUAGUUUAAAAGUUAUUUACAUGGAUAAAAGUCAACAAUAUACAGAUGAUGAUUCUACUGACUAUGCAAAUCAAAAACAAGAAGAGUUGAAAAUAUACGUUGAAAAUUGUACAAGAAAGGUAGAAUCCUAUUGUAUUUCAUUAGAUCAUGCAGUAAACGAUUGGAUUCAUCUUCUUGAUGAAUACCGAAUGUCUCAUAUUCUAUUAAACUUUUAUUCAAAUCGCCAAAUUAUGAUUAUGUUAAUAUUAUUAACACCAAAUAUAACACGACGACAAUUUUUAUCGAAACUUUACAUAAAUCAUUCUUGGAAUCAAAAUGAGCCUCAACUAACUCAACAGGAAAAUGAACUGAUAUUUGAAUGUUUAAAUCAUUAUUUGCAAUCAGUUCGAAUUUGUGAAUCAGUCAAUUUAUCAGGAAGUCGCAAUAUUACCAAGUUAAUUCAACAAAAUCAGACUGAUGUAAGUACCAAAACAUGUUUAACUAAUCUAUGCGUUUUUCUGGCUGGGGCUUUAUCUUAUAACAAACAAAAACCAAAUCACUACAAUACAAUAACAACAUCCACAAACGUAUCCUCAGUUACAAAAGAACAAUAUUUGAUCAAACUGAAUACACAUGACGUAUGUUCAUCUUCAUUUGAUCAAACCAUGGACGAAGAAACGAUAAGCACAAUAUUAAACGUAUUCAAUAACAACUUUCCAUGUGCUUUUCAAAUUCUUUCGGGUUCCACAGCAUCAGAAGAAGAUAUCGUAUUAUUUUUCAAAAAAAUUCGUAUAUUCGUUAGUGAAACGUUUAUUGCACUGGAUAUAGAUAACAUGCAUCAUCGUUUACGCGAAAUAUUAUUAACAAAACAAAACGAAUUAUCAAAAACAAUGGAACCACACGCAAAAGUUUAUUAUUUUUCUCGACAUUUAAUUGCCCAAAAGGGAAUGAAACCAUGGUUCAUUGUACAAUGCUCACAAACAGAAACGUUGCGUUCUCAGAUGAUGUCCACUUAUGCACACGCGAAUAUUGUCAGACCUAGUAUUACAGUGGUAACAGGAAAAUCAGGAACUGUUGCAUCAUGA